GCCCCACCCCUUGAGAGCACAUCACUGCGCGUCGCUGUCGCGCCGGGUGUGACGUCAGAGGUGCGGCCAGGCUGUGCCGUGGUGAGUUGGAGCGCUCAGUUAUUUGGGAUGGUGGUCGUUAGGCCCGCUGGCGGCCGGGGCCGGAGGGCGGGUGAGCGAGGGAGAGCCGGAGGUCUGCCUCUAAGCAGAGCUGUCUGGCCUUUAGCCUGUCAUCCUUGGUUAAGGAAAUGACCAACCAGUACAGUAUUCUCUUCAAACAAGAGCAAGCCCAUGAUGAUGCCAUUUGGUCAGUUGCCUGGGGGACAAACAAGAAGGAAAACUCUGAAACAGUGGUCACAGGAUCCCUGGAUGACCUGGUAAAGGUCUGGAAAUGGCGUGAUGAGAGGCUGGACCUGCAGUGGAGCCUGGAGGGACAUCAGCUGGGGGUGGUGUCUGUGGACAUCAGCCAUACCCUGCCUAUCGCUGCAUCUAGCUCUCUUGAUGCUCAUAUUCGACUCUGGGACUUGGAAAACGGCAAACAGAUAAAGUCUAUAGAUGCAGGACCCGUGGACGCCUGGACUUUGGCCUUUUCUCCUGAUUCCCAGUAUCUAGCCACAGGAACUCAUGUGGGGAAGGUGAACACUUUUGGCGUGGAAAGUGGGAAAAAGGAAUAUUCUUUGGACACGAGAGGAAAAUUCAUCCUUAGUAUCGCAUAUAGUCCUGAUGGGAAAUAUCUGGCCAGUGGAGCCAUAGAUGGAAUCAUCAAUAUUUUUGAUAUUGCAACUGGAAAACUUCUGCAUACACUUGAAGGCCAUGCUAUGCCCAUUCGCUCCUUGACCUUCUCCCCAGACUCUCAGCUCCUUGUCACUGCCUCAGAUGACGGCUACAUCAAGAUCUACGAUGUGCAACAUGCCAACUUGGCUGGCACACUGAGUGGCCAUGCCUCCUGGGUGCUGAAUGUUGCAUUUUGUCCUGAUGAUACUCACUUUGUCUCCAGUUCAUCUGACAAAAGCGUAAAAGUCUGGGAUGUCGGAACAAGGACUUGUGUUCACACCUUCUUUGAUCACCAGGAUCAGGUCUGGGGAGUAAGAUACAAUGGAAAUGGUUCAAAGAUUGUGUCUGUGGGAGACGAUCAAGAAAUUCACGUCUAUGACUGUCCCAUUUAAUGUCACCAUCCUCAGGCCUGACGCUGCAGAGAAUGUAUAAGUUGGCCGUGACAUUCCUUCUUUUUAGGCAUGUUUAAAAGAAACAUCGCAUAUAUUGUAGCAAAGACUUAAAUUUUGUAGCUAUGGUAUAACAAUUUUCCUGUUUUAUUGGGAAUACUGUUCAUACUUUCACAUAAAGCAUUCUUA